AUGGACAUCGGGAAAGUUUACAGUGCCUUUAACAUCAGCAAUGGAACAGAUCUAGCUAUUGGCUUUACCUCUUCCACAGUAGCUGUCCUUCUAUUUGGGACAAAUUUUGUGCCUGUUAAGAAAUUUGAUACUGGUGAUGGCAUGUUCUUCCAGUGGAUUCUCUGUGCCUCCAUAUGGGUAGUUUCUUUGGUGGUCAAUUUAAUCCAGAAUUGCCCCCGGUUUUGGCCUCUGGCUAUGGUUGGGGGUUUUUUGUGGGCUACAGGCAAUGUUACAGUUGUCCCUAUUGUUAAAACUAUUGGUUUAGCUCUUGGUCUUUUGAUAUGGGCUUCUUUUAAUUUGCUGACAGGCUGGGCAAGUUCACGGUUUGGUUGGUUUGGAAUUGACCCAGAAGAGGUAUCAAGACCAAUCUUAAAUUAUAUUGGAGCUGGACUUUCACUAUUAAGUGCUGUCAUAUUUCUUUUUAUAAAAACUGAAGUCCAGAGUUCUUCAGCUUCAUUAGAAAGUACGCCUUUACUGAGAGAAAGUUCUGUUAAUGUUUCUGAAGAUACUUCUGAUGACUCAUGGGUGAACAGACUUUCUCCAGCAAAAAGAAGACUCAUAGGAUGUAGCCUGGCUGUAGUAGCUGGAAUACUCUACGGUUCCAGUUUUGUACCAGUACUUUACAUCAAGGACCAUGGGAGAAGAAAUGAAACUAUAUAUAAAGGAGCAAGUCAAUUUGAUUUAGAUUAUGUUUUUGCACACUUCAGUGGAAUAUUUCUUACAAGUACUGUCUACUUUUUGAUCUACUGUGUGGCCAGGAAAAAUAAACCUAAUGUUUAUCCCCAAGCCAUAUUGCCAGGGUUUGUUUCUGGUGUGCUUUGGGCAAUAGCCAAUUGUUGCUGGUUCAUAGCCAAUCACUAUCUCAGUGCUGUGGUCAGCUUUCCAAUAAUUACUGCAGGUCCUGGCCUUGUUGCUGCAAUGUGGGGAGUCCUUGUAUUUAAAGAAAUCAAGGGACUGAAAAACUACGUGUUACUCUCAGUAGCGUUUUGCAUCAUUUUGUCUGGAUCACUAUCCACGGCUUUUUCUAAAGUUUGAAAGGAUCUUCUGGACCAGUAGAUGGUGCUACUGUUUAAUAUAAUCAGAAAGGCAAUAUUGGUAUAUUGUAAUACAUAAUAAUUUUCAAAAUGUAUGUCCAGCACUUACCCUAAUUUGCUUCAAGCAAGUGAAAAAGAAAGCCUUUGCUAAAUGUUCCCAUUUGGCAUGAAAGAAAAUUUGGAAAUGUUUGGUUUGCAUUUCUUGGAAC